AUGUCGGUGAACUUGAGGACCAUUUAUAUCGCGAAUAGCAAGGCAAUCAUGGGAAUGGCUGUGAGGAUGGCGAAGAACUGGGAUUCCGACCUUGUGGUGCGUGCAGAUUGCUCGGACCUCUACCUUGUCACAAACUUCCCCCAUACGAUCGCCAUCCGCGGCAUCGAGGCUCAAAAAUUGCUUUUCCACAAUUCUACCGUGCGUAAGUUGACGCUCUAUGCCCCUCUAACAGAUGUGCUCAGCAUUCGCUGUCGCGCUUUAUCAAUACAUUUCACAAACGACGAGCUACUGUUUGUGCUCGAUCGCCACAGCCCGGUCGGCGGCUAUGAUUGGUUCCACGGCACCGAGCAGUUCAACCUGACGCCGAACGUGCGACAGUGGAUACAGGCUUCACUCAGCCGUUGGAUAAAAACAUUCGACGGUAACACUUCGAACGGACCGGAACUGCGGCCGAGGCUCGGCCUCACCAACACCCCACAGACUUGUGGCUGGCCGAAGACGCCAUUCCUUCACCAAUACCCCAGACACUAUGUGGAGAAGGAGAAGGACACCUGGUUUCGCAUCAAGAGAGACGAUGGCCAGGUGCUGAUUGUCCAGUGCAAAUUUGAUCAUACUUGUAUCUGGUUGUCCGACCGAAGACUGCUCCAACUCGGUGACGUUGAUGGCGGAGAUUCUGCACUGGUGGAGCUCAGGGAUUUUGUGUAUUGUCAGGAG